CUUCUUCUCACAUUCUCAGGUCCUUUUGGUCCUUUUCCUAUUCUCCCACGCCUCUCCCUCUCCCUCCUUUCACACAUCACAGCCAACCUAGACAUAAUCGACCCUGUAAUAAGGCGUCUAGGGUAUCCUCUCGCCAUGAUCUCUGAGAUACCCUCGUCCAUUCCGCUGUCACCAAUCUAACACCAUGUCCGAUUCAGCCUUCACCCCCUCCGUCGCCUCAUCUCCUCCCUCCGCAGGCUCGAUCGUUUUCACUGUCCUCGCCCUCCUCACCAUCUCCUCCGCCGUCCUCUUUCUUUUACGACACUACCUUCCUCUCCGCUCGACUCCUGCCUAUCUGCUCACCCCAAUAUUCUUCUCUCUAGCCCUUCCCACGAGCGCCCUCAUUUUGGUCCCCAUCGACCUCGCAUCCAGCGCUAGACUCACUGAUCAUGGCGGCAAGGGUAUUUGGUUGCCUGAGAGGGCAGUCUUGGUCGCCUGGAGAAUCGUUUAUUGGCUCACCUUCGUUCUGACGUGGUUUAUUCUCCCAUUUCUCGGCGAGUACAUGGAUGCUGGCUAUCGGGACUCCAAGGCUCGUAUGACAUAUUCCCUGCGCGCAAAUGGCAGGUAUCAGCUCAUUGUGCUGGUUUGUGCCAUUGCAGGCCUGAUCUACAUGAUAUUUUCAUAUGGUUUCGAUUUCACUGCCAUCAAAGCCUUGGUCAUGGCUUUGGCUUAUGUUUGGGGAUUGAUACUUGCCAUCUAUCUCAUGGGUCAUGGCCUUGUCGCACUUCCUCGAAAGCUCUUUCGCAACGCUGAUAUUAGUGGGAGCCUGCGCCGCACCCAGGCUCGCGCGCCUCGAGUUCACGAAAAGCUUGAAGAUGCUAUUGCCGUUCUGAUCGAUCUUGAAGCCCAGGUUGCUUCGCUAAAACAGCGCAAGACUGGUUCUGCACGCGACUUUGCCGAAUGGAUCGAUGAGCUGGAGGAUUUGACCGCUUACUCCGAGAUUCGUUCUUUGGCAAAUCCAAGCCCAUUGAUGACGGACUCUUCCACCGCUGUUCCUGCCGUCAUUACCGAACGUUAUCUCGCCGACUUGACCAGGAGACUCACACGAGCUCGCUACCGCCGCGCAAGAUACAUUCGCGAGUGGGACCAUAUCGUGAAGAUCGCUUCAGACCUCCAAGCUAUUCUAGACUCCAAGGCAUCCAAGAAGCUAACUUUUGAGUCGACUUCAUCUUCUCCCCGCCGCUUCUCGCUUCUUACUCCCUACAUGCGCUACCAUCUUCAUGUUCACCUCGCCCCUUAUGCCCGUCUUGUCCUCGGCGCCGUACUCUCAGUCGCAUCUAUCGCCAUUAUCUGGUCCGAAAUCAUCAAGUUUCCUGCGCCGCAACUAUCUGCCGUCAGUCUCACCGUCAUUCACCGACCUAAUGACCAAGAUUAUCAGAUUGGUUUUGGCGGACAAUUAAUGGCUUCGGCUUGGAUCUUGUACAUGUGUAUCUGCGCACUCAGCAGCGUCAAUGAUGUGCCCACCUGGAACCAGCGAGCCCUGGUGAGACGAAACACGUACCCAGAGUCUGCAUGUUGGUAUGCCGGCCAGAUCGCCAAACUGACAGUCCCGCUGGCCUAUAACUUCUUGACCUUCCUGCCCAAAGACAUUCAUCGCAACUCAACCUUUUAUAACUUUCUCGGCCGCCUUAUCAACUUGACGCCCCUAGGAACAUGGUUCGAUUACCUCUUCCCCAUCUUCAUUCUUCUCCCUGUCUGUGCUACGCUGUUCAAUCUCUACGGGAGAAUUAAAAAUAUCCUUGGCUUCGGAAUCUUGGAAGAUGAAGACGAGCAGGAGGACAACCCCUCGGGAUUUGGCACUGGAGGGUGGCGGGAAGGGAGAGAUCUGAUCGCACGUGACCUGCAAGGAAAUCGAUCCACUACACUGGGACUCGGCGAAUCGCCUCGGGUCAGCCUCGAUAUUCCUCGUGCGAGGAACCAUCCCACGCGAUGGGUUCCGCCUUCAGAUCGUGCAGGCGCAGCGACGGCACCGCUUGACUCUAGAGUACAGCCCGCGCCGGGUAUGGCCAGACAGCGGGCUCCGCCGUUGGAUCCUGAACCCGAAGAGGAGAAUUUCUUCACCUUGUUUGGGCGACGGGUGAAGAACACGAUUGAUACAAUCGACACGCCACGAUGGAUGCAACCUGGUGGGUCGGGGUCUCGCCUCAGUCCGACGAGCUCGUCUGGACUGCGAAGACCGAAAUGGAUGGGAGGUGAUGGUGAAUCGGGGGCCGAUGGCAGCCGUGGGCCCAGCAACUUUCUUGGGUUUUUUGGAGCCGGUAGCGAGACUGCAGCGGGCAGCGAGAAUCGAGGCCGAAUUGUAUUAUAAAGUCAUGUAAUCUAAACUAGAGGCCCAGUGGCAAUUAAUAAUGCACAGAUUUUGAUACUUG